AUGCGUGACGUUCCCGCCGUCACGCCUGACGUGGCCACAUGUUUUCCUCACCUCGAAACUGUUUGGGAUGGUGUGCCGAUACGCGCUCUGGGGACGGUGGCCUCCCACGCAGCGUGGCCACGUUCACACGCCUCCCCUCCCGUGGACUAUGCAGCAUUAGUGGCGGCGCAAGAAGGCGACCAAGAGCUGCGGGCCCUGCGGGAAGGCCCUACGGCUCUACAGAGGUUUCGGUGUCGCAUCCAGGACUCCCCCUCGCAGCUGUGGUGUGAUGUGACCUGUCCCGCCCCGACGCCGCCAGCUCGUGCACCGCCUCCUGUCCUCGCCCCGCCGCCGUCCGCUCGUGCGCCACCUUCCGUCCCGCCCCGACGCCGCCCGCUGGUGCACCACCUCCUCUCCCUCCCCGACGCCUCCUGCUGGUGCACCGGCUCCUGUCCCGGCCCACCGCCGCCUGCUGGUGCACCGCAUCCUGUCCCGGCCCGCCGCGCCCGCUGGUGCGCCACCUGCCGUCCCGCCCCAACGCAGCCCGCUCGUGCAUCACCUCCAGUCCCGCAACGACGCCUCCCGCUGGUGCACCACCUGUCCUAUCCACCCGCCGCCCUCUGGUGCAUCGCCUGCUUUACCCGUCCGCCGCCCGUCCCUGCAGCGCACCCGACUAGCCCCUGCCCUCGCCUCCUCGGCAUGGAUUUUCUCUGCUGA